CACUGUUGGUGGGUCCCUUUAAAAGCUGUGACUCCGCCGCCUCGGCCACUCCCGAGCUCGGCCCUCUUCCAGCCUCUUCCCGCUCCCGGCCCUCUUCCAGCCUCUUCCCGAUCCCAGGACCUGCAAAGGACCAGCCGUAGACUUCAAACUAUGAGUACUCUCACCGCAGCCAGCAGCACCUUCGCCUUAAACCUUUUGAAAAUUCUAGGGGAAAAAGACCCCCAGGAAAAUGUGUUUUAUUCUCCCCUGAGUAUCUUUUCUGCCCUGGCCAUGGUCUACCAGGGAGCAAGAAAAAAUACCUCCGCUCAGAUGGCACAGGUGCUUGCAUUAAACCAAGAUGGAGAGUUUCGCCAGGGUUUGCAGGCCCUUCUCACUGAAAUUAACAAAUCGGGCACACAGUACGUGCUUAAAACUGCCAACAGACUCUUUGGAGAAAAGAGCUAUGAUUUCCUUUCUUCUUUCAAAGAAGACUGUCUCAAGUUUUAUAAUGCAGAGCUUGAACAGGUUAACUUUGCUCAAGAAUCUGAGAAAUCCAGAGAACACAUAAAUGCUUGGGUAGAAGGCAAAACUGAAGGAAAAAUUUCAGAGCUGUUAUCUGCAGGAUCCAUUGACCCACUCACCAAACUGGUUCUUGUGAACGCUCUCUACUUCAAAGGAAAGUGGGACAAAGAGUUUAAGAAAGACAAUACCCGUGAAAGGGCCUUUAAAAUUAGUAAGAGUAAGGAAAAACCAGUUCAAAUGAUGUACAAGAAAGCUACCUUUAAAUUUACCUACAUUGGAAAGGUGUCCACCCAAAUCCUGGAACUCCCAUAUGUUGGUGAGGAGCUCAGUAUGCUUAUUAUGCUUCCAAAUGAGAACACGGACCUCAGCACGGUGGAAAAGGAACUUUCCUAUGAGAAAUUUGCGGAUUGGACCAACCCGGACAUGAUGGACAGUACCGAGGUGGAGGUUUUCCUUCCCAGGUUCAAACUGCAAGAGAACUACGACUUGAAGUCUGUCCUUAUCCGUUUGGGCAUGAGUGAUGCCUUUGAAGAAGGCAGGGCCGAUUUCACCGGCAUGUCCAGCAGAGGAGAUCUGGCCCUGUCCACAGUCGUGCACCAGUCCUUUGUGGAGGUCAAUGAGGAAGGCACAGAGGCAGCAGCUGCCACUGGAGCCAUCAUGAUGGUGCGAUGUGCAAUGAGGUCACCCAGAUUCUUCGCUGACCAUCCUUUCCUUUUCUUUAUCAGGCACAAUCAAACAAAGAGCAUCCUAUUCUGUGGCAGGGUCUGUUCCCCAUAGAGAGAUGCAGGCACCGCUAUAAAAUCCUUCUCCCCGAUCAGCUUCCAGCUCUCAGAAAGCCGUACCCCGAUAUAUCUGCAAUCACAAAUUGCCUUACCUAAAUGGAAAUAAUCCAGAAAUAGAACGAUUGGUAAAGUGUUGAAUAAAUGAAAAUGUGAGUCGUGUUGUGUGGGGUGGAGGUGUGAGGGUCAAAAUUCACCCAAAUGUAGAUCCAGAGUUCAUUAGUACGCAUCUGCUCACUGCCCAAGGCUGUUUCAUUUGCAGUCUAUUAGUUCCCACAUAUUUCUUCACCUAGAGACAGGAACAUCUUUACCAUAGUGCAACCUGAGAUCUGCUGUCUGCAAUAAAUGCCUGGGAUGAGCUUAUAAAGCAAAGGACUCUUAAAUUUUAUUUGAACAGAAGUGCAAUGUGGAAUUUAACAAGGUCCUUGAAUGUUCAGAACACGCGCUUACAUCUCUAUCCCAAGCAUCCAUUUCUUAAGACAUGGGAAGAAAUUUUUUGAAACUCAGAUUUUGAUUUGAAUACUGGUUUACAUAAGGAUCUGUAUUAUUUUUAUUAAGAACUAAAUAAAUUCUAUAAACCCUCAAGAGAAA